GUGGAAGGAGAACUGAAAGGCCCAAGUGUUGAUAUCAAGGGCCCCCACGUAGACCUUGGCAGACCAGAUGUCGAACUUCACGGGCCAGAACUAAAAAUGCCUAAAAUGAAACUGCCUAAAUUUGGUGUACCAGGCUUGAAAGGCGAAGCCCCUGCUGUCGAUGUCGCCCUUCCAAAGGGAAACAUUGGUGUUUCAGACCCUGGGGUAAAGAUAGAGGCUCCUAGCUUGGACAUCAAAGGCCCUGGAGGGCAGUUGAAAGGUCCCCACAUCAAGAUGCCAGAAAUGCACGUGAAAACCCCUCAAAUAUCCGUGCCAGACAUCGAUCUGAACUUGAAAGGCCCUAAGGUCAAAGGAGACGUUUCCAUUCCAAAG